CGGGUUCAUACACGAUUACGCGCUGCUAAGCGGGGGCCCUUUAAUAUCGUUGACCACAAACUUCGACGUGUGACGAAAAAUUUGCAAACAAAGCGAUCCGGUUAUCACAGCUAAACGACGGAGUUCAAGCGACGAACAAUUUCAAUUGUGCGACAGUCCCUGCACGUUGAAAGCGAUAAAGGCGCGAGUUCGCAUUGUUUCUGCUAUACUGUGACGUAUAGUGACGGGCAUUGUAUUUUUCGUUCCCUCGAUCUGCCGCGCGCUGUACGGUCGCUCAUUUUUGCCAGCGAUUGUGAAGAAGAAGAAGAUAGCUGAGUAGGCUAAUUGCUGCACUACGUGACAGUGAACGUGAAGCUUAGCUAUCUUGGCUAUAGAUGGCCAUGGAUGAUUUACCGCUAGAGAAAGAAGUUCGUCACGCAAUCGGAACCUCAACAUCGCCACAAAUGACCGAUGCGAUGACUUUGGACGACACCUCGUCGUCUGAAUACCUUUCAUCCAUCUCUGAUCAGAACGAUGAUAGCGACAGACUUGUUUACGAAGAGCACCUGCCAGCUACCGGAAGCGAUGGUACAGGAAGCCGGCCGCCCGGCUACCGGAAUACGUCAGAUGUGUUCCUGCCCGACCGCUACUUCGCGGAGACGGCUGCGUUUCCGUACCUGCAACUGAGAAGCGAGGCCCACUGCGACAUUCAGAGAACCCCAGCUGCUGCUCUCGUGGCACCGCCUGGCAGCGUCGACGGACGCGCCCGGCGCAGUGGCUCUUCCUGCCUGUCCAAUCCCAACCACAUAGACUGGUCCUCGUAG